AUCACUACUACAGAGACGCACUGAUGAUGCUCAGUCACUGGUUGCCAAGUGACGGUUUACCUGUCAACAUGUGAUGCUGCAGCUGAAGUCCAACAGACCUUUAAAUAAAAGUGGUUCAGUUCUUGUUGGAUGGAGGAUGGUGCACAGAUACAUGAGGUAAUAUUAACAAACACACUGCAGCUGGAAACAGCACUUGUGUAAAUAUUGUGUAAUGUUUUUUAACAGCAGCAUUAAUGUUGACAGCUGUCAGAUUGUCAUUUUUACUUUCAGAUCCACAAUUCAACCUAUUUGUAAUUUUUCACCUCUGUGGGGUUGAUGAAACUUUGAUCUCUGACAAAUGUGACAAAAUUCAGUUGCCUUGCUGUCAUUGUUUUCUGGCUCUUGAAUGUUUCCUAGUCUGUAACUAGGGAAGCACUAAUCAGCCAAAUCAGUGUUUCCAUCGGUAUACCUAACUGAACAGAAAUAAUUGUGAUUGUUCUAUGUAACAUGGAAAGUCCCUUUCAGCCUUCAUUGUCAGUAAGUUUUAAAUUGGUUUGAAGAUUUUAAUGACUACAUUUAUGCCUUAUGAUGCCUCAGUUCUCAGAGGGAGUUCAGACCUGGUAUCAACAAGAUCUGCUCUCACUUCACCGCUCUACAUGCAGAUAAACAGACAUGGAGAACCAGACUUUCAGUGAGGAUCUUAUACUUCUGGAGGGAUUAAAAGUCUCCACCCAAUCCUCCCUUCCUUCCUUCAUCUUCCUCUUGCUCAUCUAUAUCUUUGCUGUGGUGUCCAACAUUAGUCUUGUCAGCUUGAUCUUUACCACCAGGCGCCUCCACCAGCCCAUGUAUCUGUUCUUCUGCAACAUGAGUAUUAAUGACAUUUUUGGGGCCUCGAUCAUCACACCGCACAUACUGAGAAACAUUUUCACACCACCUUCAGAGCGAGUCAUUGAUUAUAAUAGCUGUGUCAUUCAGGCCUUCUGUGUUCACCUCUAUGCGGGCGCCAGUCACACCAUACUCAUGAUUAUGGCCUUUGACCGCUAUAUGGCCAUCUGCAAGCCUCUUCAAUAUGCCACCAUCAUGACCAAGACGAUGGUGGUGAAGCUGUCGGUGGGAGCCUGGACAGCAGCUCUUUUCUUUGUAGCAAUCCUCUUGGGUCUCACUAUACGCUUGUCACGCUGCAGGCGAGUUAUAUACAACCCAUUCUGUGACAACCCCACCUUGUUCAAGCUGUCCUGUGAGAGCAUCCUCAUCAAUAACAUCUAUGGCCUCGGCUACACUGUGGUCCUGCUGGGCUCCUCCAUCGGCAGCAUAAGUCUGACAUACUUGAAAAUUGCUUCAGUGUGUCUCAGCAGUAAGAACAAGGCGCUGAACAGCAAAGCGCUGCAGACUUGCUCCACCCACCUGGCCGUGUACAUCUUCCUGCUGGUGUCGGGCUUCAUUAUAGUCUUCCUGCACCGUUUCCCCCACCUGUCAGACCACAGGAAGGUUGCAUCUGUCUUAGUUCAAGUGACACUGCCUGGUUUCAAUGCAGUUAUCUACGGCCUGCAAAUAAAAGAGAUAAAACAGAGGAUUAUCACUUUGUUUAAUAACAGUAAAGUGGCUCUAAUAAAAUGA